CACACUCCUCACUGUCCUCCCAAGCUCUCCCAUUGGCUACAGACUGUGAGAAACUCCAACAAGCCCAAGACCCACAUAUUCAUAUGCAGAUUGGGACAAUAUAUAGGAGAGAUGAAGCCAGUAGAGAUCAGAUUCUCUCUACACAGACCUCUACAGCACAGAGAUCCAGCCAUGGUACCUACAAUCACUUCAACUAUGAUCUACACGAAGGAGCACCUGACUCUGACAAACAAGCUAAGAAAGCCAGUGGUGGAGAAGUUACGCAGAGAUCGUAUCAACAACAGCAUUGAGCAGCUCAAGUCUCUCCUGGUUCCAGAGAUCCUCAACCAGCAGUCCGACUCUAAGCUGGACAAAGCCGACAUCCUGGAGAUGACAGUUUGCUUCCUGAGACGACAGCAACAGAACCAGCCAGUGAGCUCCUCCUCCUGCUCAGCACCUGUCAAUCAGGGUUACUCCAGGUGUGUCCAAGAGAUUGUUCACUUCCUUUCUAAAGAUGAGCAGAAGUCACAGUCCCAGAGAAGACUGCUGAGACACUUCCAGAGCCUGCAGCCAUCCUCUGAUAAGAACAGGAGGGAGAUUGACGGUCCUCAGCUGAGCUCCCCAGCCCAGCACAGCAUCAGCAAAAACAAGAGUCCAGUAAACAUCGCCCCCUGGAGGCCCUGGUAGAGACCUACAGAUAGGAGCUCCACUCAGACAAACACAACGGAUUGACCAUGUUGGUCUAAGAUUAAUUUCAUGGACAGUAAUGAGUAUAAUAAAAUAUAUUCCUCAUCUUCUGCUUAUGCAGGAGUUUUUUUAA